UCUUUGAAGAGAGAGGCGACCUAAAGUUUCACUGUCUCGCUCGCUCAACCAAAGUGGUCUCCGCGUCUUCUUCCACAAACUUUUUUUUCUUUUGCCUAUACUACCGCUCCAAACAGUUUGUACUAAAGUUUGUGAGCAGCUUGAAAAAAAAAAUGGAUUUUGAAUGAUGAAACGGAGUGUCUUGUUUGUUUAUUUUUUUUUUUUCAACUUGUAUUCGUCGUUUACACAACUAUAUUCUGGCGAUAGGAUUUGAAUUGUGCGCCGUCGACGAUGAGAACCGGUGACGAUAGCAUCGAAAUUGAAUGUGAGGUUGAGAAUCACUUUUCUCGAUUAGUGCGGCAUCAUCAAGUACGCUGGAUGACAUCACCUUAAAUUGGCUCUUUCUGUGUUCAACUAGACCGCAUUUUACGCAACAGCAACGUCAACAUUAUUCCUGCGGUGUAAUUUCGCUUGCUCAGCAACAGCUGGCGCUUUGGCGACAACGCUGAAACAUUAGACGGCCAGAAGCCAGUGAUGAAACUAUCGCCAUCUUUACUUGCAUUUACUGCUCUAAGUCAUCGUGUUCUCCCUACUUGGAUAAAUGCAAUCGUCUCCGGCUCAUCAAGUGCUCGACAACUGAUCAACAAGUGCAGUGACUCUCGAAUGUUUGUCCGUCGUAACGUGGUUUCAACGACGAAACACUGGAGAUCGAAUGUUAGGUGGACCGUAUUAAUUCACAGUCGAUCAAUAUCAACAUUCAACUCUUCCAUAUAAUUCUCAGAAGCUCGAAUCUGCUUCAAUUGUUCCGUGUUUGACAUGGCGACGAGACGGGUCGUCUACGUUUCGUCUAUGAUUGUACACAGUUUGCUUUUACUACAACUGGCUGUUGGCGGUUUGCUAGCAAUUUCUGUUGGGAAAACGUCACCCGGACCGAGUGUCAAAACUCGAUAUGGACUAGUCCAGGGUCUCAUUGUAUCCAUGCCAAGUCCGUUGGGACCCAUUGAAGUCUUUCUCGGCAUUCCUUACGCCACACCGCCCGUCGGCAUCAACCGGUUCAGCCCGACACGCAAUCCGCAAUCGUGGCCGGGCACGCGUAUGACCGACCGACACGGACCGGCCUGCCCGCAGCGUUUUCCUACCAACUUGGCUAAUGAAACAGAAUCUCUCAAAUUCAUGUCGAAAGCCCGAAGAGAUUACCUGCUCCACAUUGAGCAAUCGCUGGCCAAAAAUCAGAGCGAAGAUUGCCUUCAUCUCAACAUUUACGCUCCGUUCCAGGGUCGGCCGGGGAACACAGUGGAUCGUCUUCCAGUCAUCGUCUUUAUUCACGGUGAAUCGUUCGACUGGGGCUCUAGUCACCUCUACGAUGGCUCCGUUCUCUCCAGUUACGCAAACGUUGUUGUCGUCACCCUUAACUUUCGACUCGGUGUUUUAGGAUUCCUUAAUAUCGGUCGCUGGCCCAAAGGCAAGCCUCGUCUGGCCAACUUUGGACUGAUGGAUCAAGUAGCGGCUUUACAUUGGAUACAAGAAAAUAUCCAAGAAUUCGGCGGAGAUCCGGCACGUGUCACCCUAGUCGGAUUCGGAGCAGGUGCUUCAUGCGUUCACUUCCUUAUGACGUCACCUGCCGUCGUGAAUGGUUUAUUUCACCGUGGUAUUAUGAUGUCCGGUUCGGCUUUAGCUUCUUGGGCUUUAGUAAACGACGCCAACGAUGUGGCACUUCAAGUGGCUCAAGCAGCCGACUGCGUCCACUUGGUGGGCGACCGUAGCGAUUCCGAGACGAUCCUCAAUUGCAUGCGUGACGCCCCAUUGGAGAGGAUUGAACAGGCGGCUGCGAAAGUGGGACGACCGGGCGCUUUCCGUCGAUUUCGCACCACAUUCGGGCCGAGUAUCGACGGCGUUGUGAUCCGCGGUCAACAUCUUUCGUCGCCCGCGUCAUCAUCGCCAGGCCCGAGGAAGCGAAGUGAAGAUGGCCGACCAACCUACGAUUGUUUGUUUGGUGUCUCCGGAUUCGAAUCCGCUUUCCAACUUUCAGAAUUGGCUAGCGAACAAGGUCUGGAUGGUGUCGAACGCGAUUUGCUGCUCCGCGCAUUCGUUGCAGACACUUACCGUUACCACCAGACGGAAAUCUUCCUGACACUCGUCAACGAAUAUACGGACUGGGAACGGACGAUACAGCAUCCUAUUAGCAUUCGCGAGUCAACAGUGGAGGCGUUAAGCGAUGGCCAGUAUGUAGCUCCAGCCAUCCUCUUAGGUGACACGCUCACUUCGCCGGAUAAAAACAGCUAUUUUUACAUCAUCGAUCCGACCGUUACUCAGAGACCGCAAGCUGUUCACGGCUUUGAGUUGUCGCUAGUACUCGGAUCGGCCUUAUUGACGACCAAUGGACUAUUUACUUCAGCAGGGGGCUACUCACAGCAACAGCCAUACAACCGUAAUUACUCCAGUAAGCAGGAUGCCUCCUAUUCGGAAGCCAUCAUGACUCUAUUCGCCAAUUUCGCUCGUUCUGGGAAUCCGAACGAGCCGCAAGACGAAAAACUUCGACUCUGUAAAGAACGCAAUCGUUUCAAGAGCAUCGUUUGGGAACCAUACGAUAAGAAACAGAGAAAAUACAUGGAAAUAGGAUCCAAACCGAAAAUGAAAAGCCAGUAUCGGGCUCACCGCAUGGCUGUCCUGCUGCAAUUGCUGCCGGAACUGCAGCGGACGGGCCAGCACGACGUCCAGCAAGGGCACGGAAUUCUGACGCCCGAAGGUUUGGAAACAGCCGGAACUGGAUCUGCUCUAUCUCUUCCGGCAUGGGUCAACGGUUCUUAUGUCGACGUCACGAAAGAACGGACUGCCGGAACAAAAGAAGUCACCUGCGUUAUCCCACAGCCACACACCCCGACCGCUUCGCCAUCGACUUCAAAUGCCACGACCAACGUCAACAACAGCUCGUCAUCACAGUCAACUCAGACCGGAAAUUCUGGUUCCGGCUCAAUGACCAAUGAUUCAACUGUCUAUUCAACAGCCCUAAGCGUCACAAUCGCCAUCGGUUGUUCCCUGCUCAUCCUCAACGUGCUCACGUUCGCCGGCCUCUACUAUCGCAGAGAUCGUCGACGACAGCAGCAGCUGGCCCAGCAUCAGGCCGGCGCUAAUGUCCAACGUUCUGUCAGUGAUGUAUCACACAGCAUGUUGACUUCCGUCAAUGGAAGUAUCAUGCGGAGUCACACUCCGGGAGAGACCGAUUGCGAAACGCUCUUCCUGCAGACGCCUCCUUCGUCUUGCAAUGGUUCUGGAACGAUUUUAAAGUCAGGCAGCGGAGUAAUAGGCAUCGCUCCGGGUGGAACGGCUGGCGUAGGUACCCUGCAGCGACAGCGGUGCUGUGAUUACGUCACGAUCACGUCGCCGUCGGCGGAAAUGAGCGGACAAGUACCAGAUAGAACUAUACUCGACGUCCGAUACGACCUUUCUAGUCCCAUUCCACCGGAUAAAGAUUUCCUCUAAAAGGCAUUUUAAAUUACGUUCUGUUUCCAUGGAUUUUUGAAAUUUAUUUACACUCUUUUUUUCAUGUGAUUAAAAAAAAUUAUGAUAUAUAUUAUUGUACUCCAUUUAAUACAAACACAUGUAUUUCGUAUGCCAUUCGAUCCGAUGUAUUCCCGGUUGAUAUUUUCCCAUGUGCCACUAUUGCAACGGAUGUUUUGGAGGCUGUAUAUGAUAUAUAGUAUGUAUGCGUACGCUUGUGUAACAAGCAUCUCUCUGUGUGUACAACACAUUCCGUCUGUAUUUAGUUUGUAAUAAUAGUCUCGAAAAAAAAUUGCACGCUGCGUGUACAUACGUGUUCCUUACUAUCAUUUCUUCAAAGCACACGCCCAUCCGUUCAUCUUUGUUUACCCAUUUGGGUGUCGAAUGUUAAUCGCCUAUUGAGGUGCGCUGACGUCGUGCGAUCGCCUGUACUAUUAUUCGCUCGCAAGGAUUCAAAAAUCUGAUACGAAUACACUUGCAUUGCGAAUGCGAAAUGAUUUCGA